AUGUCGACAAACAAUCCAUGGAGGGACAGUCCAUGGCGCAACCCCGCGAUUGUUUUUGAGGACCUGCCAGAGUCGCUCAUCCUUGAAGACCUAAAACGAUCGUGGCACUUUCAAAGAGAGGCACACUUCCGCUGGAUGCAAAAGGUGAUUUGGACUACGAUUGACUGCUAUCGCGUUGUCCUCCGUGACGUCGAAGGCAUAGUAGGUGACAUAGCAAAGGAGAUGUGCAAUAAGCCUACAGCUUUCUAUUGGCUUCAGUCUGCGCAGAAGGGUGCACCUGAUGCGCCCGAGAAGUCUAAUAUGGCUGGUAUGAUCUUUGCAGCUAUAUACGAAGAAUGGCAUCGAAGCUCUGUUGGGUCAAACAUCGAGUUUGGCCAUUUCUUCGCAGCACCCGUUCGAAUCACAGCUACCGGCCCAUCGAGCCUACCACAGAUUUUGGAGGCACAUUCGUCGCUUUGUGCUCAAGCACAGCACAUCUCUUCGAGUACGGAUAACUAUUCGGUGCAUCCUCUUCUUCCUGCCGUCAUCCUUGUAUGCGACCGACGUGACUAUAGGGUUGAACGACGAGACGGUUGCUUCAGUCUUCGCAAAGUGGCGAGGACGCAGACUAUCCUGGUCAUUCUUACCGGAACAAGUCAAAUCAACACCGAUGUUCACGUUACCCUGGAUCGUCUCGAACAAUUCGCUUUGCCCAUCGAAAGAGCCGAUGCCGCUGGCCUUAAUGUCCUGCGAGUGCCCUUGGAUAUUGCUGUCAGUUUUGUCGUUGAGUUGGAGGGUAGGAUCGACGAGCAAAGGAAAUCCGACAUUCAAACCUUAGACACGAGUCUCUGUUGUCACGCUACACCUGUCGGGUACAAUCGUGACAUCACGCAUAAUCCAGACAUAUGGGCUGAGACGAUGCAAGCAGAGGCAAUGAAAAUUGGGUUCAAAAAGUUGGAGGAUACGAAACAUGCUGCCGUACGCGUCUAUGCACACCUUUGCGGACAAGAUUCAGAUUGCGAGCUAGAACACAUACCCUUCAGCCAUGGGUGGGAACCCUGA